AUGAAUCGUUUGCGAACAGCGCCUGGUGAAGAAUCUCAGCAACUGGUUUCUAGUCAACAGACAUCGAAAACGACUAAGGAAAUUGGUGAUGAUGAUAUAUUCUUGGAUGAUGAAUCGAAUGAUGAUCAUCAAGCGCAUAUACGUCGUCGGGCACCGACUAGACACUCAAUUAAAUCUUUAUCUGGCCGAAAAACGGCAUCGAAACAAACAGCGACGACAGGCACAACAACAACAUCAGCAGCAACAACAACUGAACACCGCAUCUGUCUUGAUCCAACAACUCGCCGACAAUACUCCUAUUCUCAAAGUUCCGUCUUGUCCGAAGGCAUCAAUGUUGAUCAAAUGGAUAUCACAACAACAUAUCAUCCGUUGAAGAAACAAGUUCAACAACAUCAAUUAACAGUUGAAUCACCUCACGCAUACAAUUAUCGAUCACGCACAAAUUCUAAUAUAAUCGAGAGACGUUUUUCAAAUGUUGAAGCGCCACCGAUAAUUCCCGAAAUCAUAUGUGAGUAA